AGAGUUCUCCGUGCUUCAUUUCAACGGAAUGCAGAAACUUCUGAGGAUUGCUGACGCCGUAGGAGGCGCCAUCGACAAGGAGUCGAUGCUAGGCUGUCUUCUCGUUUACACGAGGAGCUUGAGAGAGUUCGGUCUAAGCGUGCUGAUGAUUACAGUCCGUACACCAGCAAUCCGUACGAUGCGGGACCCAUUGACAUGUGCAGCUAUCCUGAGCUGGACGCUUGUGACUUUCCUGCCGGGUACACGGUUCCGGAAUACGCUGCUCGGGAAGUCUCAAACAGCAACAAUCUCUUCGACACUAUCGACAAGAAUAUUCGUAGUGUGGAUACGUCGGCCUGUGCGAAUUCUGUCUUACAGCUGCUAUAUAGACACUCCGUUCCUCGGUGCAUCUCAAAUACUACAAUCAAAUACCCAGGAAACUUCAUGAAGGUAAGAUGGGAUGCAUGGAGGUAAGAUAUACGCGUAUAGACGUAUCUAGAUAGUGCUUGCGUUAAAAUGCUCGCAAGCACUCACGCGUCCAUGCAUGCAUGCACAAAAACAUGUCUAAGAAUAACUACGUUUUAAUUGUUAACAAAUUUGUAGGAUUGUAACGACGUUCUUCAAAAAUGUUCGGUACUGAGACCAUCAUUAUCGACUUUAUGCUAGGAAGAAAGUAAGGCAGUCACGAACGGAGGGGAGUUCUCACUAACGAAGUGUCGCGUUCCGAAAGUCGACGGUUGUAGCAAUAAUCUUCCGUCUCCCGACUGGAUUGUCGCCCUGUUUGAACAUCAAGCUUCCAACUCGUCAUUCAGUUAUCUUGCUGAUCAACUAAAUCUCGAUGGCAAGUGCAGGAGCAAUUAUCUGCGUCUGGCUUGCACACAGCCGACAUGCGAGUCCAACAAUCGUCUACGUGGCUACAAACGCUCCACCGAAUGCAAAGACAUUUCAAAUUGGUAAAAUGUGUAUAACAAAAUUUUUUCGCCAUCCUGUCGUUCUGUUGCAUGCACGAUUGUCUUAUGUGAAGUUUGUGUUUAGCGUUAGCGACCCUGAGGUAAAACAGGCUUUAGAUGAGACUCUUGCUUGUGAUGCUGUGGGUGAUUUUAGCAAACCAAGCACAUGCGCUGGACAGACUCAAUCUUAUACUCAUAAAGGUUGCGGGACAACUUGCUACAUUGCAGUCGGUGCUGGAUGCGGUGGAGCUCUGCUGUUAGUGAUAAUCGUUGUGGUGGUAGUUAUCGCAAAGAAGAAGAGAGCAAGCAGAGGACCAGAAUACCGCCUUGUGGACAACAAAAUCUAGAGCAUAUAGCGUUGUCAAAGCGACAAGUAACUGUGCUUUCGUUGUAGCCAAUGUUUGCUGUUGUGUUUCCUGUUUGUUUCGCAAAAACCACCCAGAACUAAUUAUAGCUGAUUAGAUUGUGUGGACAAUCUGGCCAAUUGAAAUGUCAAUAGAGUUAUAUUUUAGGUAAUAGACUUUAUUA